AUGCGGAAUGGGUGCAAAAUCACGGGAAUCCCGGAAGAUGAAGUACUAGAGGAUGUAGAUGUCAACCCGAUUGAAGAGCGCCCACGCGAACCAGAAGCAGAUGCGCGGGAUAUGGUGGUGGAAGGUCUCGGGUUGGACUCAGACGAAGAAGAAGAAAUAGAAGAACAGUCUGAACUGGAGGAUAAUUUUGUUGAACUAGCCGGCGGUCACGCAUUGGAGGAUAAAGACACUGACGAGGCUGUAAACGAUUCCGAUCGACCACGGCAAAUAAAUCCGCGUGACGUGCUCGGGCAAGAUAAAGUGCUCAUGAUGGAACGUUUUCUGUUUGGGGACAAUGAACGAGACUGGAGCACCAUGCAAGAAACUGAUAGUGAUGAGGACUCGGAUGAUGAGCAAUUUGAUGAUCCGGAUGAUGCUACCAUCUUAAAUAGACAGUUCGAAAAGCUGAUGGUCCGUUGCAAAGCUCGAUCUGCUUCGGCCAGUCAAUCCAUGGUCACCGGAACUUCUAUGAUGAGUGAGGGACUUCAGUUCGCUUUGACACAGGAUACUCGGAUGUUACAACAACAGUGA